AUGACUAAACUCACAGCUGCCGAUCGCAGGCUAACUGCUAACAUUGACUUUCUCAAACGUCUUCAAAAGUCGAAAGACACGAAGCGGAUUCUGAAGAAGGCUUCUUGUAGUCAACUGGGCUGUCUCAUCGAGUCGAUGCACAACGUUAACAAUGGAAACGUACCUUUGCACAAGUAUGAAGUCCGCAAGCUGAAACGACAUCUUGGCACGAUCGACGCGUUGUCACGUCAGCGUCAAGUGGAGGCGGCGCGUCACGGUCUUAUACAGACAGUUCCCUUUACCCCUGGGCCUACCUCAUCUACUUCUGCUUCUACCCCUCCAAUUAUUAAAGGCGACGGUGCUCCUUUCACUCGUUUUACUCAAGAUGAUGUCGAUAAGCAACGGCUGCAGGUGCUCGACCAGCAAAUGCAGCGUACUCUAAACGACAAACGUAUCCCCGACAACGUCAAGACACCCCACUACAAUCAGCUCCUUGCCGUGUUCACUGACCUGCUCGCAGAGUUGCGCAAGCGUCACCCUCAAACUAAACGAGAGCCAUCUCCCGAUCGAUACCCGAUGCCCACUGAUUUGACGUAUCCAGAGCCGGACCGGGAGCCAGAGUCCGAGCCUGAGGUGGGGCCUCCACCGAAGAAGAAGGCUAGGCUGAAGGCAAAAACCAAGCUCCCCAUCGUCACGCCUUCGCCACGUUUGCUGCGCAGUGGCAAAAACUUUGGCAAGGAUUUUAUUGCAGAGUUGAACAAGAGCUUCCCACGCGUAGAGUCAGUAAAAGGACGUCUGAUUGACGGAAAACUGGUGAUGGACGGUGAAAUUGACAGGAUCGUCACUCAUCUGAAUUCUCCCGUGAAUAGACGGAGAGGCACACCUGUACAUCUCGAUCACGUGUUUGAUGCACUCGAGCGCGCUAGCCCGUCUUCCCCAUUCAGCGCCUACUACCACACACCCGGCAACGACGACUUUGAAGAGGAGGUCGUCGACACUUCGCGUACGCCCCGCUAUCAGAAGACUCCUGGUAAGAAGGAGAAAAAGUCAGACAACCUAUUCACACCUCGAAACUACUCUACAAGGCAC